CCGUCACCUCCUUCUCGCCCGUCUCCUCAGGCUGACCCCGCCUCAGGCCCGUCUCCUCCUGUCCCACCCCGUCCCCCGUGUGACCAGCGCUCCCGGAGCCAUUACACAAGCGCCGCCUGGCCCCGCCCACUGCACCCUGUCUAUGUGCUCCUCCCGCGGCCGGGUCUAGUUCUCGCUUCGCUCGUUGCCUCUCUGAUCCGGUCACCGGCGCCAUGGUCCGCUAUGUGGAGAGUCUGGAGGAAUUUAAGACUGCCCUGAAAGAAGCUGGUGACAAACUUGUCGUUGUGGACUUCACAGCCACAUGGUGUGGGCCAUGUAAAAUGAUUGGACCUUUCUUUGAUUCCCUGAGUACAAAGUACCCCAACGUUGUGUUUCUUAAAGUGGAUGUGGAUGAUGCAGCGGAUAUUGCAGCACACUGUGAUAUUAAAUGUAUGCCAACUUUUCACUUCUAUAAAAAAGAAGAACGGGUAUGUAUCUGUCGUUUUACAUUUCAGAAUUGUUAAAGGGGUUGUCUGGGU